AUGACUGAACAAUGUCCCAGAUUUCAAAUAGCAUUUCUAGGUGCAGGAAGUGUUGGGAAAACUUCCAUUUUACGACGAUAUUUGUUUGGAACGUUUUUGGAGGAAUAUUUGGAAACUGUUGAAGAAACAUAUUCGCAGCCGUAUUAUUUUAAUGGCAAACGACAAAAUAUAGACUAUAUCGACACAGCUGGUAGUAUAUCAUUUCCAGCAAUGCAACAAAUCUACAUGUCGCAAGCAAACGCUUUCGUUCUUGUCUAUGCUAUAGACGAUAAAAGAUCCUUUGAUGAAAUGAAGAACAUUUGGGAGAAGAUUAAACAAGCUCGGAAUAAUGUUUUAAAUAUACCUGUUGUUAUUGUUGGAAACAAUCUUGAAAUGGAAAAUAAUAGGCAAAUCGAAACAUUCGAUGCUUUAAAUUGGGCCUUUGGUGAAAAUCUCGGAGGUUGUUUCCUUGAAGUCUCUGCAAAGACAGAUCAACAUAUCAAAGACAUUUUCGAAAUUCUUCUUGAACAACUUGGAAAUACGCGAUCUGAACAAACAGGACCUUUUCGCAUUCGUUCAACAAGUUUAAGUAGAAAACCUUCUGAUUCCACUGAUCUUAGACAGAAUUUAAAAACAAGGAAAUGCAUGUUCAAAAAAGCUCAAACCACAGAGAGGUUAAACCCUUCUGAUAAACAUUUUCAGGACUCUGUUUUCGACGACUUCAAGCAAAUGACAAUCAAAAGAAUACACCAAACUCUACGAGGGAGAAAAUGUUUUCCAUCAGAAGACCAUACCAGUUCAUGGUUUUGUCAGACUCUCGAAACUUCUAAAGCAGGCAAAAUUGUCGAUCAAAAGAAACAUUUAUUUCAUGGAAAUAAAAAUACUCAAGCUGACAUGCGGGGAAAAGGCAUGCAAAGCCAUCUUAACUUGGCGAAUAACUCACAAACAAAACCAAUGUCAUAUCAUACUGGUGGAAUUAAUGUAAAAGCUCGCUUUACGAAUAUAUUUUCUGGUUUAGUACGUAAACGCUUUUAUAAAAGACUCGACAGGUGA